AUGGUGAACACUCGUAAGGGAACCUACGCUGACAAGUCCUCCGAGGAAGUGCUUAAAGCUCCGAGUUCAAGAGCAGAUGUGCAUGAAGUACGUGGGCAGCGAUUUAAAAGCACUCCGCCACAGAGAUCAUAUAAACUUCCUUCUGAGAAAUCACAUGCAGACAUUCCUACAAACUUCGAUGACCUAGAUGACAUUCCUUUGGCCCGAUUAUUAAAGAAGGUUGCUGCUCCUGAUGUCUUUCCUGAAAAAUUUGCUGAUCUUGUUUUGUUUGUUCACUCUCAAGAGAGUUCAUCGUCUGAAGGUGUGUUUGUCCCUACCCCUGGACUUCGCCAAACUUCUUCUAUUGAACCAGGUCCAUCGCAUUAUUCUCCUCCGAUUCAGUGGCCUAUUCCGGACAAUAUUGCUUCGACUGAUCCACAUGCUGCUCCAGUUGAAGAUGUUGUUGAACCUGUUGGUAAUGAAGAUGUUGUUGAGCCUAUUGACAUUGAUGAUCAUAAUGACGAGGUUCCCGUUGAUGAUAAUGUGGAUCAGAGUGCUCAACAAGAAACGCAAUCAGUUCCUACAGAACCAAAGCCAUCUAGAAAGAAGGUUCAGCAAAAUCAUCGAAACAUUACUACCAAAACUAGUAAAAAGAAAGUUCCUCUAAAUAUCCCAUCAGUUCCAAUUGAUGGUAUAUCGUUUCAUCUCGAGGAAAGCGUACAACGGUGGAAAUUUGUUGUGCAACGGAGAAUAGCAGACGAGCUUAUUAGAGAAUUCAUAGUUAACUUGUCACCUAAUUUUAAUGAUCCAAGUAGCCCGAAUUAUCAGAUUGUUCAUAUUAGGGGUCUAGAGACAUUAUCUUCUUGGUCUGCUAAUAGUAUACCUGUUGUUGCUCUAAGUGUCAAAUAUGCCAUUCUGUAUAAGAUUGCCAUUGCAAAAUGGUUUCCUUCAUCCCAUGCUUUUAGCGUUUCUGUUGCGUUAGGGACAUUCUUGUAUCACAUCUGCAAUGACGACAGGGUAGACGCUGGGGCAUUUAUCUAUAAUCAACUGGUAAGGCAUGUUGGAUCAUUUGGGGUCAAGAUUUCAAUUGCUCUACCAAGGUUCUUUUCUGGUUUAUUGCUACACUUAAAUGUUGUUGUAUUAACCACCUCGGAUGCACCUGGUCCUGAUCAUAAGACCUUAUCACUGAGCUACAGACUCUUUCAAGGCAGUCAUGUGCCUGAUAUAGAUCGUGAUGUGUAUCCUUCUCGAUGGCCUCGAAUGUUUGAUACGACAGACUGA